AUGAUCUAUAGUCGAACCAAACGUUGGCUUGAAUCAUUCGAGUCGCAGCGCGAGCACGUCUUCACACAGCCCGGCCAAACAGUUGCAUUGCACUGUGUUCCACUACAAUCCCUAUUUUUAUCUUUGCAGCAGCUACCUACGCCACAUGAGCCUUUGCAAUUGGUCUCCAUUUGCUUACGAGUUCUUGAGUUACCGCAAAAUCCCAACGCUGCAUAUCUGGAGCAGUUAUUGUGGCUGUCCUCGCACUGA